AUGUCGCAAACAGAGACUGCAAGCGAACCUGUACAAGUAUCCAACAAAUACGACUCAACUCAAAUCAAAAACGCUGUUGAUGAUGAACUUUCUCGAUAUUUUUCAGAGGACCAGCAGUUUGUUCAAUCCCAUAUCCAUACAGACAUCAAGCUACUGCUAGGAUACGUGUCAUGCUUCAUUGCAGGAGGAUCAUUUUUAUACGAGUACAAGACGAGUUUUAACGAUGCGCUUACUGUAACCACUGUAUGUGUUGUGAUUUACUGGGUGAUUCAGGCCAUCUCUUUUGCAUAUGGCUACCUUGUUGAGAAGGACGAGCUUUUUAUUGGUACCAAGAAGGUGGAUGGAAAGGCUACAUCGACAUUGAAGAUUUCAGGAAAGAUUGAUAAAUAUUCACCCAUCUAUCAACUCUGCCUCAACUACACUGAUAUUAGCACUGGAAAGACCGUUUCGCAUAAAAUUGAACCUAAUGUAACAACUUGGUUCGAUACUAAAGGCGUUCUUGUCAAGCAAACUAUGGAUUCAGAAUUGAACUCUUAUUUAUCAACGCUGGUACAAAAGUUACAUCAAGAAUAG